GAGGAAGCAGGGAGAUUGCAUCAUAUCCACAGCCAAGCAGCAUUGGGAGCUGGAAUCUCACAUCAGCUGGUCCAUUCAAACAGAGCUCCAUCCACAGCCUGACAGAGCUCCAUCCACAGCCUGUGAGAACAGAGCUCCAUCCACAGCCUGAGAGCUCCAUCCACAGCCUGACAUUGACUGCAUCACCGGGCAAGAGGAAAGGCUUCCUUUCUCCGUGCUAAGAUGAAGUUCGCCCGCUUUCUGCUCAAAAAUGCUGCCUUGGCCAAUGCACCCAAGCAGAUCGAGAGAUUCAGCAGGUUCUCUCCUUCACCUCUAUCUAUGAAGCAGUUUAUUGACUUUGGCUCUGCUAAUGGAUGCGAAAAAACAUCAUUUGCGUUUCUGCGCCAAGAACUACCUGUGAGACUGGCAAAUAUAAUGCGAGAAAUCUACAUCCUUCCAGACCCAUUGCUGCACACCCCCUCAGUACAACUUGUGCAAAGCUGGUACAUACAGAGUUUGAUGGAACUAAUAGAAUUUGUUGAAAAAAAUCCCGAGGACCAACGAGUUUUGUCUGAUUUCACAGAAACGCUUGUGACCAUUCGAAAUAGACAUAAUAAUGUGGUCCCUACAAUGGCACAGGGUGUGAUAGAAUACAAGGAGGCAUUUGGGGUGGAUCCUGUCACCAAUCAAAAUGUCCAGUACUUCCUCGAUCGCUUCUACAUGAGCCGUAUUUCCAUCAGGAUGCUUAUUAACCAGCACACACUUCUAUUUGAUGGUGGAACAAAUCCAGCCCAUCCUAAACACAUUGGAAGCAUUGAUCCAAACUGUGAUGUGGUUGAAGUUGUACAUGAUGCGUUUGAAAAUUCGAAGAUGCUUUGUGAUCAGUAUUAUUUAGCAUGUCCUGAAUUAGAAAUAAAGCAGACAAAUGUAAAGGCACCUGGACAGGCCAUAAAUAUAGUCUACGUUCCAUCCCACUUGUACCAUAUGCUGUUUGAACUCUUUAAGAAUGCCAUGCGGGCAACAGUUGAGUACCACGAGGAUAGUCCUUCCCUGCCGCCAGUUAAAGUGAAUGUUGUUCUAGGAAAAGAAGACCUAACAAUUAAGAUAUCUGAUAAUGGAGGGGGUGUCCCUUUACGGAAAAUAGAACGCCUCUUUAGCUACAUGUAUUCCACUGCACCCAGACCAAUGAUGGACAAUUCUCGUAAUGCUCCACUGGCCGGCUUUGGGUAUGGUUUGCCCAUCUCCAGACUAUAUGCUAAAUACUUCCAAGGAGACUUAGUGCUGCAUUCUAUGGAAGGUUAUGGAACAGAUGCUGUUAUUUACUUAAAGGCGAUGUCCUCAGAAUCUAUAGAAAGAUUGCCAGUCUUCAACAAGUCUGCUUGGAAACACUAUAAGAUCUGCACAGAGGCAGACGACUGGUGCAUUCCAAGCAGCGAACCAAAGAACCUUGCAAGGUAGAAUGUCUGAAGCUGUGGCCAGGAAACUGGAACGGGGAUCAAGCACGAAUUGCCCAGGACCACUCCUUACGCGUGUUGUUUUCAGGAAGAAAUAGGCAAACUGAACUGUGGUAGGGCUGGCCAGAGAUGCAAGAAGGAGAGCAAUUUUCACCACCAGAAGAUUCAAACUAUUUAGCUAGUAGCAAUAUACUUUUGCUAAUCUUCAAUUUUUAACUGUGGAUUCCUCAUUAUCUAAGGAAUUAUUCAAAACGAUGUGUGCUGGUGUUUUCUCAUGAUCACAAUGGCAAUAUAGUUCCUUUGGACAAAAGAUCACUGUAAAUCUAGAAUUCAUUGAUGUGAUCUUAACAUGUAUUGACCACAUACAGUGUACUUUUAUUUCAGUAUUUUUUUAUUUUUAUUAUAUAGAUUUCUUUACCCAUAAACACAUGGGUAACACCCAUCUCGAACCACUGAGAAAAUGACGCAUAUUGAUGAUAAACAUGUUUACUCCUGAAGCAGAGUUUAUGAUUAUGUAUUCUUGGCUAAUCCAAAGCUAUAUCACACUGCCAAGCCUAUAGGGUUAGUAGAGGAUAAAUAUUGUAUUUAAAGGAGAGAAAAAAAAUUGAACAUACUGUGAAGUCAAUUCAGUGGAGAUUCUCAAACGGUCAUGUUUUAUCUGUGUACUGUGGCCUACUGCAUAGGAAUGCACUGUUCAGUGCUGUAAGAUUGGAUCUAUUUAUGCUAGAUCGAAAGGAUGCCUGCAUGGCGUAACAAGUGGGAAUUCAGGAUAUUAAGAAACCCCGACUGAAGAAUUGAAUCCAGUCUGGGUUUGCAUGACAGAAUUGUACUGUAUGUAAGUGAAGCUGAUGAUCUAAGCAUCAUUUCAUUUAUAAUAUCUGUAUGUACAGUAUCUGAUAUUCUUUGUUACAUACCAUGUACCAAGAGAUCUACUCACCAAGAAUGUACUGAAAUCUUCUUGUUGUAAAAAGA